AUGUCGUUUCGGAAAAGGAAUACAGUAAUCGGUGUUGCUGGGGCUGCACCACAAUUACAGCAAACCAAAGUAUUAGUUCCGGGCACUCGACCUUCUCCCCAUGAUGGGAGACUCACCACCUCUACUGGAACAUCAUCCUUGGAUCAGCUGCUCGCAGGCCAUGCUGGGCUGCCUGUGGGAACAUGUCUUCUCGUCGAAGAGACUGGAACCACCGAUUUUGGCGGGAUAUUACUUCGCUACUUUGCCGCUGAAGGACUAGUUCAAGGCCAUUCUGUACAUUUGCUGGGAUUUGGAGAUCACUGGCGGCGUGAGCUUCCAGGGCUGGCCAGCGAAGGCCGAUCUAAAGAAACUAGCAGCUCGAAUGCUUCAGACAGCAAGAUGAAGAUUGCUUGGCGAUAUGAGGCCCUGAGCAGUAGGGCUGCGCCAUCCCACUCAGCAGAAGGUAUGGCCCCUUUCUGCCAUACAUUUGAUCUCUCUGGGCGUUUGGACGAGAGUGUGGCCCAGGGGCAGUUUUAUACCACACGCGGGGGCGGCAUAGAUUCAAGCCAGUCACUUUUCCGGCGGUUCAUUAGCGACAUUACCACAAAGAUUAAGAGCUCGCCUCCUACCUGCAUCCACAGAAUUGUUGUUCCCAGCCUACUCUCACCAACUCUAUAUCCGCCUUCAGCCUGUCAUCCGCAAGAGGUGCUGCAGUUCUUACACCAAAUCCGAGCCUUACUGCGGCAAUUCCCCUCAAGGAUUGUUGUUAUGAUGACGCUUCCCAUCUCGUUAUAUCCCCGGUCAACAGGACUCGUUCGACGAGCAGAACUUAUUUGCGACGGUGUGGUAGAGUUGAUAUCGCUUCAGCAGCAGCCUCAGCACCACAUCGACCGAAACUCUGCAAAUGAUACCAAGGCACAGGGGCUUUUCAGGAUUCAUUCGCUACCCAUCUUCCAUGAAAAGGGAGGAGGAUUGGAAGGAAGCUGGGUGAAGGAGGACAUGUCGUUCAAGCUCAGCGCUUCCAGUGGGCUUGUCAUCGCACCUUAUAGUCUACCACCAUUGGAAGAUGAUGGGCCUUCAAAUGGGCCUUCAAAUGAGAAUAAGCCAAAGCUUGAUUUCUAG